AUGUGUACAAAUUGUUAUGGAAAGUUUCACAGGGAGUGGAUGAUUGUGAAGUUGAUAUAUUUCCGAACUCCUGUGAAUGCAUCACUUCAAACGGCUGAAAAUAAUUAGCUGAUGAGCUCACUGGUUAGGUUUUUGUUGUUGUUGCUGAGGUGUGUUCUAGCUCUUCCUUUUUUCCUCCCCGCCGCUUUAGGUGUGGCCAUGCCAUUUAAAGAGGUUGAAAGUCAGACGGAGGCAGUUCAGGAAAUAGAAUCUCUCCGGACAAGACCGACAUGGAACUCAACUUAGAAGAAGCUGUUGGUGAAGAGGAGGUGAAGAAGAAGGAUGCACAGAAGGAUGAGAUAAGCUGGCCAUGGAGCAAAAAGGACAAGGACAAGAGCAAGGGCGACCAUAAGGACAAGGGCGACCAUAAGGACAAGGGCGACCAUAAGGACAAGGGCGACCAUAAGGACAAAGACAAACAUAAGGACAAGUCCGACCAUAAGGACAAGUCCGACCAUAAGGACAAGUCCGACCAUAAGGACAAAGACAAACAUAAGGACAAAGGCAAACAUGAAGGUGGCAAGAAAAAGAACAAAAAGGAGAAGAAAGAAAAGAGGGAGAAGAAAGAAGGAGAAAAGAGCAGUUCAUCUGCAUCCUCCGGCAGUGAUGAGGACUGAUUCCUGUUUAAGGACGGCGCUGCAGUAUUUUGGCAGGUGGAAAGCUGACGUCUUUGUUGCCAGUUCUUCUCAUCUGUACAUUGACUCAUGCUCCUAAAAAAUAAUGCAGAUUCCUACAAAUAAAUAUUAAAGUCUAUCUAAACUUU